ACUGGACGUGUUGUUUAACGGUGCAGAUGAAGCUCGCGGAGGUCUUCCUCCUUUGUGGUUGUCUUUGGGCCGUUUUCAGCGGCAUCACUCCUCAGGAGGAAGAUUUGCCUCUACAAAGCGACUCAGAGCCGGUGUUUGCAGCUGUCCACACAGAUGCUGUUCUCCCAUGCAGGUCCACCAGACCCAUCCAGCUGUCACAUGUCGUCUCGUUGGAGUGGCUACGAGUGGACACUCUUUUCAAACGGACGGUUCACGUCAUGCGAGAUGGCAAAGAGCUGGAGAAGGAGAAGGCGAUGGAGUACAGGGGGAGGACUACUGUAAUGGAGGAAGGAUCUCUGAAGCUGUACAACAUCAAACCAAACGACACCAGCCGCUUUAUAUGUGUCCUGGAGGGAUCACCUGUGGAAACAAAAAUCUCUCUAAUUGUUGUGGAGGUGUUUGAGUUCAACAUCAGCGUCUACCGCUCUUCAGCCAAUAAGCUUUUUGUGAUGUGUGAGAGCAGCGUCUGGAAUCUGCAGCCCAACAUCUCACUGCUGGACGCUGAUGGGAAGGUCGUUGCCGUGGGGACCGAGAGAACGGUCGGACAGAGGAACCUUCACUUGGUCAAAGUUGGCGUGAAGGUGGAUGCAGCAGAAGGAAACCUGAAAGGAAACGGGACCAUCAUCUGCAGACUGGAGAUACCAAAAGCCAAACUGGUGGAAGAGAAAAACAUCUGUGUCACUGAUGACUUUAUUCCCUCAGAAGAUGCAGGUUUUCAGUGUCACACCUUGUUGUUUGUUAUCGUGGCGUUGGUUUGCAUCAUCAUUGUGGUUUUUGUUCCGCUAUGGAUAAUUGAGGAGCUGCGAUUUGUAAUGGCAGAUUUCUGCAUCAGGAAGAUCGCUGCCUGGAGGGCUGGAGAAGAGGGAGAACAACUGCUUGGUGACGUGAAUUUCACCGAGCUCGGAGAUCUCAAUAAUAUAACGACAAGUGGAGCUUCUGAAACAUCAGCAGUUAUAAACAAUCUCCAACAACGUAACGGUACAAUGGUGACUGGAGUUGAAGCAUCCAACAUUCUUGCAGAACAAGACUUGAAAGCGAUGUCCAGAUACAAAGGAAUAAUAAUCCAAGUGGGAAAAAAGCAUCACAUCUAUCCCUCCCUGAUCGCCGCCAUAAUCUCUAAACAAUCUCGAGCUGGAACUAUCCUACAACUUAACGGCUACGGAACGUUUGACAACAACUGCUACGGACUCAUGCAGAUCAAUAAAGCCUUUUACGCAACGUCAGGCAGUCCGUACAGCCUGGAGCACAUAGAAGACGGAACCAAACACUUGGUCCAUCUCAUCAAGACCCUAAAGCAAUCAGAGGAGUCGAGGAACUGGAGCCCUGUACAGCAUCUCAAAGGAGCUCUGAUCGCCUACAUCUCAGGCAUAGAUAAAGUUAGAGCCGGCGUUGCUACCAUUGCCAACGUUGAUGAGGCCCUUGAGAAGCUGGACAUGGAAACACCAACAGAUGACUUUGCCAACGAUGUAUUUGCCAGAGCCAAGUGGUUUGCCAAUUAUGGGUAUUAAAUAUAAGAGUUUUGCCUUUUUAAAAUUUUAGCUGCCGUCGGAACAAACCAGGAGCCUCAACCAUCAAACUUCAACCUGUCCACAUAAUUUCUAAGGCUGUCACUUUUCCUAAAAAAUGUAGUUUAUGUUUAGAUAAACACACAUAUCUUAGCUUGUAAAUCUAGUCAGUGACAGGAGUUUUAGGAGCCUCUGAUGAGGAACCUGCCAUAACUGACUGCUGAAGCAGUUAGUCUAUGUUAAACACCCAAUGCGGACUCGCGGGGUAGGAUUUACAGGAAUGUGAUGCUUUAAAAGUCGAUGGUGGCGAGGCCUAACUUUUGGAGCUGUGGCAAUAAUCAAUCAUGAGAUCAAACAUGGCUGGUGAGGGGAUUUAAUUGGUAAGCUGACAAAUAGUCUUAUCUUUAUUCAGUACUAUGAUUUAUGAUGACAAAUCCGAAACUUCAGAUAACUGGGCUUUGUGUUUAUUUUUUACUUUAAUAGGAAAGUAGCAAACAUAACACAAGCCUGUUUUACUGAGACAGGCACCAGGUCAAGCUGGUAGUAGAGCACCCUCUGCUGGAUCACAGGGUGCACUACAACUAAGGUAUGGAAGCUUGUCUGGACAGUUUAUGGGUUUGAAUCAGAUGUUUGACCAGAUGUUCAAACUUUAACCCUUAAAAUUCCAAACCAUUUAUGGCUGUUUUUGGUCUGCCUGUUGGUUUGGCUUUUUAUUGUAAAAAUACAGGUAGAAGCUCAACCCUUUUAAUCCCAGUCAACAUUCAGACAGUAUUUUUUCCAGGACAGCUUCAGCUGUCAGAUAAUGAGGCUAAAAUUAUGUAAAAUGAAUGUAUGAAUAGAUAUAGCAGCAUAAAGGCCGACCACAAGAAGAAAACAGAAUUUAUUACUAACAGAACUUUGUAGAAAUAACACACAG